AUCUGGCAGGCUAUUGGCGAGCGCGGCACGAUUCUCUACUGCUAAUGGAGAGCGGAGCAGUCCGUCAAGCCCAGCGGGAACUUGCCGUUGGCCAACAGGAACUUCAUUCAAUGAAGAGUCGGGAAGAGGAAGAAGGGGUGUGGCUUAAGGCGCUACACGCCGUUACAGAUUAGAGGGGCGGGGCCUUUGGGGUUACUGCGGUACCCCAUUGGUGGAGGGAGGAACUGCUCCCCUGAGAGGCUGGUAACUGCCAUGCUUGCAGCUUCAUCAGUCUGUAUUGCAGAGAAACAGCAGAUGGAUUCAUCGUAUCAUCUGUGGCUUAAAAGAAAUCAGAUUUGCUCUUCUGCUCUACCAGGCAUAUCGCCAGGACAACAUGGCAUUCACAGGCAAAUACGAAGUAGAAAGUGAUGAGAACUAUGAUGACUUCAUGAGGAAGAUCGGUAUCCCCAGUGACAUAAUGGAAAAGGGAAGGAAUUUCAAAAUAGUCUCCGAGGUGGUACAGAAUGGAAAUGAAUUCACCUGGUCACAGCAUUAUCCAGGAGGCCACUCCAUGACCAACAAAUUCACAAUUGGCGAGGAAGCAGAUUUGGAGACAAUGAGUGGUAAAAAGUUUAAGGCAACUGUUAAAAUGGAAGAUGGCAAAAUAGUAGCGGAUUUUCCCAACUAUCAUCAUACAGCAGAGAUUUCUGGAGGAAAACUGGUAGAGAUUUCUACUGCUGGUGGUGUAACCUACAAAAGAUACAGCAAAAAGAUUGCUUAAUGCAGUAAAGCCAGUCUUCCAGUGCACUGAGAAAUAAGCAACAAUACAAAUUAAUAAAAUACAGUUCUAAUCUCUGUCUUUGCAUUACAAACAUGAAUUCUUUUUUGGAGGAAUAUUAUUCCCAACGUUGAUACUUAGUCAAUUCCUAAAGAUCGUAUAAAAAAAAAGCCCCAUAAAAAUCACAAGACACAAAGAGCAUUUAGUGAUGUUGCUCUAGUCCAAAUGUUUCAGGAUGUAAUUCAUGCUUGGCAUACUCAAAUGUUGUCUACCAACUACUUAAUAGGUCUCUCCAGCUUUGGACUAGAGCCUAUUAGAGAAUAGGACAAUAUUCUGCGCAAGACAUA